AUGGGACAGAAAGUAAAGGUUCGAGUGAACCAGGCAGAUACAAACAGCGUUGAAAUAGGUAGAGGAGUGCCGCAAGGAUGCACAAUUCUGAAAAGAAGAGGAAACUGGAUCGGCAAAAAGAGUGUCUCUGGCAAAACGUCGUUGAGGAGGGACGCCAGAGGUUCUAUAACUUUCAAAAUCGUUCCAUCAUACAGAAGUGCACCGCCUCCUUGUGAGGUAUUUGUGCGUGCCCAGUUUGACUAUGAUCCUUUGGAAGAUGAUUUAAUACCAUGUGCUCAAGCUGGUAUUUCCUUCAAAGUUGGGGAUAUAUUGCAGAUUAUCAAUAAGGAUGACUAUCACUGGUGGCAAGCAAGAAAGGAUGCUGUCGAAGGGUCUGCUGGAUUAAUACCUUCUCCUGAACUUCAAGAGUGGCGAAUAGCAAAUGCGGCUCUUGAAAAGAAUAAGAACGAACAAGUUAAUUGCUCUAUAUUUGGAAAAAAGAAUAAAAAAUGCCGAGAUAAAUAUCUUGCAAAACAUAAUGCUGUUUUUGAUGGAUUGGAUCUUGUUACCUAUGAGGAAGUUGUGCGACUCCCAAGUGACCCCACCUUUAAGAGAAAAACUUUAGUACUUUUGGGGGCGCAUGGAGUUGGUCGAAGGCAUAUAAAAAAUACAUUGAUAGCGAGACAUCCAACAAAAUAUGCAUAUCCUUUACCUCAUACUACACGUCCUCAGCGACCUGAUGAAGAGAAUGGUCUGAACUAUUGCUUUGUCAGCCACGAGGAAAUGGUUGCAGAUAUUCAAGCAAAUGAAUACCUUGAAUAUGGUACUCACGAAGAUGCAAUGUAUGGAACCAAAUUAGAUACAAUUAGAAGAAUUCACAUGGAAAACAAAAUAGCAAUAUUAGAUGUCGAACCACAGGCCCUGAAAAUUUUGCGUACUGCUGAAUUCGCUCCAUUUGUAGUAUUUAUAGCCGCACCUAUACUGCAAAAUAUUGCUGAUUAUGAUGGAAGUUUGGAAAGGCUUGCGAAAGAGUCAAACCUUCUAAGGCGAGCCUAUGGACACUUCUUUGAUGUCACAAUUGUUAACAACGAUAUAGAGGAAACAAUUAGCACUUUGGAGGCUGCAAUAGAAAGGGUCCACACUACUCCACAAUGGGUACCUGUAACUUGGGUAUAUUGACAAAACCCUGACUAUGUCUAAAUGGCAGAUAUUAUUAACUAAA